AUGGCGCUCCACCCAGCCAAGCCACACCAGCCAGAGCACGUGAAAGCUCCUUUUACGUUCAUUUGUAUUGACUUUGCCACUCGGAAGAUAGCCAAGCUGCUGAAGCCGCAGAAGGUGAUUGAGCAGAAUGGGGAUUCUUUCUCCAUCCACACGUACAGCAGCCUACGGAACUACCUUGUUCAGUUUAAAGUUGGAGAAGAAUUUGAUGAAGAUAACAAAGGCCUGGACAACAGGAAAUGCAAGAGCUUGGUCACCUGGGACAAUGACAGACUCACCUGUGUCCAGAAGGGGGAAAAGAAGGACAGAGGCUGGACCCAUUGGAUCGAAGGCGACACGCUCCACCUGGAAAUGUUCUGCGAGGGCCAGGUGUGCAAGCAGACGUUCCAGAGAGCCUGAUCGGGUCCAGCAACCGAGCCACGAACCACGAGCCACGAGCCACGCGGGGCCGCAGCUUAACGCCCGACUACAUUCCAGAAUGAACAGGUGUUCAUCUGCCCUUGUUUGGUGAUGGGCCUUGUGGUCAGAGAGGUGUCACGCAGCCUGUACCACAAACCAUUUGGAUUAGGGGCAAACUGCUCAACCUCAAUAAACCUGUCUGACGACUCUGACUUCUUCCUUCUAAAUUUUAGCAAGUCCCACUAUUUAAGAUGUAAUCCGGUCUGUGAUGACACAACAAUGAAUGAGAUGUAAUUCCUGCCUCGAGGUCUGGCAAGGAAAGUGGGUGAACGGAGCCCUCUGAA